UUGUAUGAAACUGAAAUCCUUGGAAACAAUCACAUUCAAGAAAAUGGCAGCUGCUACUUGUGAUGUAAGUACUUCAAAUGAUGAUCGGAUGAAAGAUAUUAAAGAAUUUGCGCGGUCCAAAGUUGGAGUCAAGGGCCUGAUAGAUUCAGGCAUAGCUUCCAUUCCCAAAAUUUUUAUACAACCACCUGAAACUCUUUCCACUCUUAAUCCUUAUCAAACAAACACUAGCAUCCCUGUAAUCGACCUGGAAAACAUUACCUCACAAGCUCACCGUCCCAAACUCGUUCAGCAAAUCAAAGAAGCAGCCAGUGAAUGGGGUUUCUUCCAAGUAAUCAACCAUGGAAUCCCCGUCUCAUUGCUGGAGGAGACUAUUGAAGCAGUCAAAUCAUUUCACGAACAGCCGAAAGAAAUCAAGGCUAAGUACUAUAGCCGUGAAGAGAGAAGUAGCAUGCUUUAUUCCAGCAAUAACGAUCUGUAUCGUGCCAAAGCAGCUACCUGGCAUGACUAUCUUCAGAUUUGGAUGUCACCAAAAGAACAAAGUGCAAAGGUCGAAGAUAUACCAGAGAUAUUGAGAAAAGAGUCACUUGAAUGGGACUGUUGCGCCAAGAAAGUUGCUGAAGAUGUGAUGGAGCUGUUGUGUGAAGGGAUAGGAUUAGAAUCUAGCAAGUUUAAGGACAUGACCCUUUCCGGUGCGAGGCUUUUUGUGGGUAUCUACUACCCGUAUUGUCCUCAACCUAAUCUCACACUAGGGCUUACCUCACAUACGGAUUCAACUACUCUAACAGUUUUGCUUCAGAACCAGGUUUCAGGGUUGCAAGUGAAACAUGGAGAAGAAUGGGUGGAUGUGAAGCCCCUUCCUGGAGCGUUGAUAAUAAAUAUCGGCGACUUGCUUCAGAUCAUUUCCAAUGGUGAAUACAACAGUGUUCAGCAUCGAGCUCGAGCUAAUUCAUGCGAAGAGCCACGAAUCUCAGUGGUCGAGUUUCUGAAUUUUAGCAAAUGGGAAGAAUCUGGGUAUGGACCUUUGCCAGAGUUGGUGUCAGCAGAGAAACCACCUCGUUAUCGUCAAUUCACCACGGCUGAUUUUGUUAAUAACUUUUACAGCAAAGGACUGGACAGCAAGUCCCUGGUCGAUAAGCUUAAGCUUUAAGCCCUUUGAAUCAAAUCACUUAGAAAAUAAGAAUAUUGUAAGCACAUGCCACACCCAUGGCAAUUCUUGAUUGCUGCUUUUCUUUAUGAUUAUCCUAAUGACAUUAAUGAAUAAGAAUGAUUUUCUUUUCUAUUUGAUAAUGGGAGCUUCAUCUUUUUCAUUUUUUCCUGUAAGAUUUGCCUUCCUUGUCUUGGAUCUUGGCUUUGACAUUGUCACUGGUGUCGCUGCUCUCGACCUCGAGAGUUACGGUCUUGCCGUUAUAGUUCACAUAUAUGGAUUUGCUAUUUUCAACGUGGAAAUAGGGAAAUUAAAAUGGAGAAACCAUGCUUUUUUUUU